UUACUCGCUCUCAAAGGGCGGGCCCACUUAUUUAAGCUUAAACGGACUCGGCUGCAGCUUCCCCGCAUCGGAUUCAGGGUCCGGCCCAAGCUUGCACACCCAGCCUUAACCACGACUCGGCACAUCCAUGAUUCGCGCCCGCCAAACCCAACUCGUUCGCCAGAUCCAUCCAUCUCCGGUCCAACCUCCAUGGCCAGCUCCCGGGAUGUCGCCAGCAGACUGCGGCAGGCCGUCUUCUAUGGCUCGGUUCCGCUGGAAAUACGGCUGGACAAGCACGACUGCAGAACAUAUGACGAUAGCGAACCGUACCUGAUCCAAUUUCCUCGAUUGUUAUACCUGGGCCUGCUCAUCCCAAAGCUUCACAGUUUCUUCUCUAACAGCCUGAUAUAUCCUGACGUCGAGCCCCGGGAAGCCUGGCUCUCCUACGAAAAUGUUCCGCUGAAAUGGCAUUAUCCGCUUGGGCUCCUGUAUGACUUGUAUUCUGGGAGUGAAGCGUACUCCGGCGAAGGGGACGGAAACGAUGAGGAGUCCGCCAAUAAGGGAAACCUCCCUUGGAAACUAACAAUACAUUUCUCGGGAUACCCGGUAGAGCAUCUGGUCAAGCUUGAUGCUGCAGGCAAGCAUCUGCAUGAUUUGUACAUCAACAGUGUGAAAGAGGCCGACUAUGUCCGUAAUGGAACAGGAAAGACCAUCAUGUCGCUCAAUAAAGACGACUCGACCAAGCUUUGGGAGUCCGUCAAAGAACAUAACUUUUCCGUCUUCAAUCCAAUCAAUCAGAAGCUUCUCAACCCCCAAGGAAUCAACCUUCGGAAUAUACCUAUCAAGCUGUACCUUCCGCAUGCACCGUUCGAUACUACAGAAGAAGAGCCAACGCCGGGAUCUUUGCGCGUCUUACAAGCCCCGGUCCCCCCGAUCCUCUCUUCCCGCUCACCACAAACACUGGGUACAGCUUUGAACACCAUGAUACCUAGCCUUUUUCCGAGUAGACGGAUUCCCACACUUGCCCAACCCAUAUUGCAUGGAGGCAUACUUCCGCUAAGCGCCAAUGUCGAAGAUCUGUUGCGAACGGCUGCGUACCUGGAUGGCUGGCUCCAUAUUGCUGUGGUAAUGAUGGCCUAGCUUAUCCGGGUAUGCGAUUUUUUGAUCGUUCAAGAUUUGUAUACUGAUACCGCACGGUCUAUAGGUUGUUCGCAAGUCUCUCUUAGGUUCUGAGGACCCAUG